GGAAUUAUCUAAGCAAACAUUUAAGUGUAAAAUAUGGAGGUGAAAUUAGCGUGAUCACUUCCAAAAGCGAAGACUUCCUUGUGGUGACGUGGAGCUACAAGCGUUGCAUCGGGCGACCAAAACACCUGGAAACAUCUAGACGUACACUAGAAGACUCCAGCGUUCAUACAUAUACCGCCUUCCCCUCUGGUAAACACAAUCGGGCAAUUGAAGAAGAAAAAGGAGCUGAGGACGAUGUUCUUCUUCUUCGCUGGAGGAGUAGAGAAUCAAGUGAAGCAGGUUCUGAAGAGCGGGGUGGGGAGAUGCAUAGCCUGCGGAUCCGGGGCUGAUCUCGUCCACUACGAGAAGGUCUUCAAAAUCUUCUUCGUCCCCGUUUGGAGAAGGCCCGGCGACCAAUCGUCUCUUUAUUGCAAUAACUGCAAGCUUUUCUUCCCCCAGUCGCUAUCCCCUUCCCAAUUUCCGCCGCCGCGCUCCACGGAUGGUCUGAGCAGCUGUAGCUUCUGCGGCCGGGAGGUUGAGGCUGAUUUCCAGUUCUGCCCCUAUUGCGGUGCCGCAAUGUGAAUCUACUCUCUGUCUGUUUAUAGUAACGUCUUCCCGUUCUUGUUUGAAAGCAGCAAUGAAAUAAAUUGGGAAGCAGUGAAUUGAAUGUACUGCUAUUUUGACAUGACCAUAGUUUUUCUGAUUCAACCGUAGAUUUAUGAUACUUUUGGCUGUUUUGAUUAGCCAAGUAUUAACAGUUUGUAAAUUAUGUUUGGUUAAAUAUUCUAUUUGUCCCGCAAUGAACUUCUCAC